AUGAAGCCGGAACCAGAUCAUAAGACAAAUGACCUGUGUGCAGGUUGUGGAUGCACUAUCUCAGACCGGUUCCUUCUCAGAGUGAAUGACAGACCUUGGCAUGAGUGCUGUGUUAAAUGUGCAGCCUGCCUAAAAACCCUAUCUGGGACGUGUUAUUAUCGUAACCGUCAGCUGUACUGCAAAGAAGACUAUGAAAAGCUUUUUGCUACUAAAUGCAACAGCUGCCUGAAGACAGUGAUGCCAUCUGAACUCAUCAUGCGUGUUCUCAACCAUGUGUAUCAUGUGGCCUGCUUCUACUGCUGCGAGUGUGAGCGAAGACUGGAGCGAGGUGAUGAAUUCGUGUUAAAAGAAGGGCAGCUGCUGUGUCGCAGUGACUAUGAGAGGGAGCGAGAGAUGCUCAGUGCCUUCAGCCUGACUCCAGCUGGAUCUGUUAAAAGUGAAGACGAGGACGGGAAUCAUGGGAAAGGAAGCGAAGAAGCUAAAGAACUUAAACGAUCGAAGAGGCCGAGAACAAUUCUCACUACACAGCAGCGCAGAGCUUUUAAGGCAUCAUUUGAGGUGUCUUCCAAGCCUUGCAGAAAGGUGAGGGAGACACUGGCAGCAGAGACAGGUCUGACCGUGCGUGUUGUUCAGGUUUGGUUCCAGAACCAGAGAGCCAAGAUGAAGAAAAUUGCCCGAAGGCAACAGCAACAAGACCACGAGCAGUUGGCAACACAACGCUUGGGCUCUGCCUGUGGGAACCGUGGAAGUAGUAGACAGAGUAAUGAUGACAGUGAAGAUGGCAGCAGUGGACUGGAAGGUGUUAUGGUGCCGUAUUCCAGGCUACAACAGCAGGCACUCCUCGCAUUGGAUCAGAGUGUCUACAACACAGAUCUGUACCGGCAGAGUCUUACUCCUCCUCAACUGCCCGGUGACCAUUUACAUCCAUAUGAUGCUGAUAAUGUUUUUCAUGAUAUGGACAGUGAAAGCAUCAAUUAUCUAGGUGGAUCUUUACUGACAUCUUCUGAUGCAAGCAACCUACAGACCCGAGCUGGACCCAUUGAUCGUCUGUAUUCCAUGCAGACCUCUUACUUUGCCUCCUGA